UGACGUCAGUAGGUCCUUCCUGUUCAUGGGAUUUAGCCUUUACCGAGUUUGUUGUGGUCGUAGAGAGCCGUGCGAUGGGUUGUGACGGAGGAACCAUCCCCAAGCGCCAUGAAUUGGUGAAAGGGCCUAAGAAGGUGGAGAAGAUUGAUAAGAACGCGGAGCUGGUCGCUCGCUGGUAUUACUGCACCUUGAGCCAGGAGAAGCUGAAAAGACCAAUCGUCACCUGUGAGCUGGGAAGGUUGUACAAUAAAGAUGCUGUCAUUGAAUUCCUUCUUGACAAAUCCCCAGAAAAACCGCACGCGGACUCUGCCGCCCAUAUCAAGAGCAUCAAGAAUGUGAUUGAGCUGAAUCUGACCAACAACCCGGCCUGGAAAGGCGACAAAGGCAACACGAAAGGCGACACAUAUGACGAGCAGCGAGCGCAGUUCAUCUGUCCUGUUGUGGGUCUGGAAGUGAAUGGAAAACACAGGUUCUGUGUGCUGAGAAACUGCGGCUGUGUGUUCUCCGAGAGAGCGUUAAAGGAAAUCAAGACUGACAUAUGCCAUAAGUGUGGAGCAAGCUUCAAGGACGAUGACGUCAUUCUGCUGAAUGGAGACAAAGAUGAAAUAGAGAUGCUGAGGAAAAAGAUGGAAGAAAGAAGAUUAAGAGCCAAGAUGGAGAAGAAAUCCAAGAAGACAAAACCAGCUGAAAGCAUCGCAGCAAAUGGUCACACACAGGAAGUAGCUGCAGGACCCUCCGAAGUCACAAAUGGAAGCAAAACCAAUGCAAGGGAUAAAAUCAGUUUUGUGUCCAGCACUGAAUCCAGUGAACCCAAGUCAUCAGAAAAUGCCUCAUCAUCAUCUGCUGCUAAAAGGCCAUUUUCAAGCGUGGACAGGAAGUCUGAGGCAUACAAAUCCAUCUUCACCUCCCACAGCUCUGCCAAGCGCACCAAGGAUCAGUCGUCCAACUGGGUCACCCACACGGCAUAUUACUUCUAAGCGAAUGAACUGGACCUCACCAUGACUGUACUGAGAAUAGACAUUUGUAUAAAGUGUUGUGAACUUUUAUUGUAUCUUUCUUUUUAUGGGAUUGAUGCUUUAUCUGAGAUUUAUGACCUUGCCCAAAUAUUAAAGGGGCAGUCUUCUGCCCUCAGUCAUACAUGGUGUGUAAGCCCGUCAAUAGUUUUGCAACACCACUCUGUUCCAUAUGCAGUUAUUGAGGCACGUGCAUAGGGUGCAUCUGCAGAUACAAAGUUCAUUUCAUGGUUUAGUAGUUCCAAGACCUGUUUUUAAAGGUGUAUUCCAACUUUUCAAAUCGGAGUAUGUUUGUGAGGUGGGCCCAAAUAUCUAUCUCUUCUGGAAGCAAAUCUGUCAUAGUAACCAGGAGGCCUGAAAAGCCAGAGAGUUUCUGAAAAUGUGCGUGGUGACAAAGAAGGCCUAGUGUAUUACUGAGCAGCCAUUUUACUAAAAGGUUCAAUGUUUGUCCCAGCUCACAAACCUCAUUGGAUAAUAGGAGGUGAAUGUCCCCUUGGAAAAGUACAAUAAAAAUGUGAUGUCUUUGUUAUAGGUCAUUAAACUGUCAUUUACUUGUA